UAGACUCCUGAAGAGUGAUCUGGGCUUUGGGCGUGUUGUUGGUAGAGUAGAAGAUCUGGCCCGAUGAGCCGAGGUAACUGUAGCUAUGUCGACAACAAAAGAGAUGGCGACUUUUUAAGAGAUUCAUCAGUGUAAAUCUUGGAGAGUAUUAGGCUUUGUACAACGAUUCGUGGCUCGAGAUGCAUUGAGAGAUCUGAGGCUCAAGAUGAGUCUGAGUCGCUCACAUGAAAACUAAACAGGUGGGUCUUGCCGAUAAGCCCUUAUCGCGCCCAAAAAAGUUCCCGCCAGGAAAAUGAUGGACCUUGUCCCGCCAUCCGUCACUUUGACAGCUCCCCAUCACCGACCAUUUCCACAGCAAAUUCACCUUGAUCAUGCCGCCGAAGCGCAAAGCACAGCCUAUAGGCAUCGAAAGACGCGUGCGACUCCGGCGCGAGGAAGAAUUGGCGCCUGAGGCGCAAGACGAAGCUCAGAGCGAUGGAUCUGAAUCGUCAGAGAGCGACGACGACGAGAAUGCUACUGCUGCGCAACGGGACUCGGAGUCUGGUUCAGACUCUGAAGAAGAGGAACCCGAACCGGGAGCGAACCUUGCGUCCAUUUCGUUUGGAGCCCUCGCCCGCGCCCAAGCCUCACUACCGUCCGCAGGACGCUCGAAGACAGGAAGUGGCGACAAUGAGGAUGAAGACCAGCGACCCGCAGAAUACAAAAGACCGACAUUCAAGUCUGCCAAAGACCUGAAGCGAUCCUCAAAGCAUGCCCCGCAGGAGCAGACCUCGAAGCGACCCGUCUCCCGGUUCCGAGAAAUCAUCACCGAGAACAAACGAGCCCCGGCACGCGAUCCGCGCUUUGACACCAUGUCCUCUGGGCGCAUGGAUGAAGCAAAGGCCGCCAAGGCGUACGCCUUUCUAGACGAGUACCGCGAUUCCGAGCUCGCGGAUCUCAAGGUGCAGCUCAAGAAAACAAAGGAUCCCGACGAGAAGGAGGAUCUGAAGCGGCAGAUCAUGUCAAUGGAGUCGAGACGAAAAGCGCGCAAGAAGAAACAGGAAGAGGAGCAAUUGCUGAUCGAGCACCGGAAACGGGAGAAGGAUCUUGUGGCGCAGGGCAAGACGCCCUUCUACUUGAAGAAGAGCGAGCAGAAGAAACAGGUGCUGACCAAGCGCUUCGAGGGUAUGAGCAAGGGCCAGGUCGACAAGGCCAUUGAGCGCAAGAGGAAGAAGGUUGCUGGCAAGGAAAAGAAGGAGCUGGACUUUAUGCAGCGGCGUGGGCGAUGAACGGCCAAGUUGCUGGGACACUAUGGUGUAGCA